ACCACGGAGGAAGAGGAGGAGCAGCGCAUCGUCACAUCACAUCAUUUUACGUUAGUUGCGUCUGCGAACAAACACCUCAUACUUUUGUACCGGAAGAUACGUUACAAUUAUAAACAUGGAUAAUUCAGGCAAGGAAAAAGAGGCCAUCCAGCUGAUGGCUGAUGCGGAUAAAAAAGUCAAAUCGUCCGGAUCGUUUCUUGGAGGGAUGUUCGGAGGAAACCACAAGGUAGAGGAUGCAUGUGAGAUGUAUGCAAGAGCUGCCAAUAUGUUUAAAAUGGCAAAGAACUGGAGUGCUGCAGGCAAUGCAUUCUGCCAGGCUGCAAAACUUCAUAUGCAAAUGCAGAACAAAUUAGAUUCUGCCACCAGCUUUGUUGAUGCCGGAAAUGCGUACAAGAAGGCUGAUCCCCAAGAGGCUAUCAACUGCUUAAAUGCAGCCAUCGACAUAUACACAGACAUGGGUCGAUUUACUAUUGCGGCCAAACACCAUAUGACUAUUGCAGAAAUCUAUGAGUCUGAACUUGUGGAUAUUGAAAAGGCGAUUGCCCAUUAUGAGCAAGCAGCUGACUAUUAUAAAGGAGAAGAAUCAAACAGCUCUGCCAACAAAUGUCUCCUGAAGGUUGGCUUUUACUGUGCACAGCUGGAGCAGUAUCCAAAAGCUAUUGAAAUCUUUGAGCAGGUUGCAACCAGUACUAUGGAUAAUCCACUUCUAAAAUACAAUGCAAAAGAAUAUUUCUGGAAGGCUUCACUGUGCCACUUCAUUGUGGACGAAUUAAAUGCAAAGCUGGCUAUAGAAAAGUAUGAGAGCAUGUUUCCAGCAUUCUCAGACUCAAGAGAAUGUAAGCUUUUAAAAAAACUAUUGGAUGCACAUGAAGAGCAAAACAGUGAGGCAUUCACUGAGGCUGUAAAAGAGUUUGACUCAAUCUCCCGUCUGGACCAGUGGCAGACCACCAUGUUACUCCGCAUCAAGAAGACGAUCCAGGGAGAUGGUGGUGACCUGAAGUAAAUCGCCAGUAACCCCAUUUUAUUUGUUUUAUUGUGACAAUCUGGUUGAACACAUGUGUAGUGAUUCUAGCUUCAAUAUGUCCCAAUGCCAAUCUUUCAGUUCACAGGUGGAUCAUUUGUGUAAUAAAACUAGCAUUCAGGACACUAAAGUCACAUACAGUGUCAGUAUUGUCAGUAUUUAAACAUUAUUCCUGCGGUUCUAUUUAAUGGCUAGUGUUGUCUUUAAUCCCUUUAGUGCAGAGAUAAUGCAGCUUAACCACAUUCAUUAUUUGACAGUUUCACUUGAUGUGUGGCAUGAAAAAAAAAACAGGAAUAAUUGUGUAUCUGUAUAUUCAUUGUAAUGUUGUCACUGACAUUGUCUUGCAUGAUAGAUGUUUGGACUUCAAUAUGUGAUCUCGUGCUUGCACACUUUAUUUUAAAACCAUUUUAUUUAACCACUUUAUUUUAGGUUUAAAGUUGUUUUGCUUAUAUUUUUGUUCAGGACGUUUGGUUACCCUUUUGUUGGAAUAUUGCAUAUAUAGAUUACCUAAUUACAGGUUACAUAUCAAUUGAACACUGUGUUGCUCAUAAUAUAAUAUAAAAGAUACAUCAUGCUUUUUUUUUUUCUUUUAUUAUUUCUUGUGUCAUGGUGUUGGUGCUACACUUCCCCAUGGCAAAAAAUCUAUAUCAGGUGUUAAAUUAUUAAACAUUAUAAUUUAUAAUAAAUAUUACAAUUGUUAAAUAUGUUAUGUAAAAUUCCAGAUUUUUCUGGGUAACUCAGAUUUUCCCACAUUCCAAAGACAUUCAUGUUUUUGAAAUUGUCCUUAGUGUAUGACUGGGUGUGAGAGUUAAUAAGUAAGUGUUUGUAGUUGUCUUUCUUUUCACCUGGCAUUAAGAAAUAUUAUAUCCAUUUUAAUCGGAAGAUAAUUUGGAGACUCCUUUUAAAAAAGCUUACUGCAAAGAAACCAGAUGGGUUGGUCAAACUGGUGCAUGAUAUUUGCCAGAUGGUGGAAAGGAAGUGAAUUACUACUUCUAAUCUGCUGAUUUUACAUCAUGUACUGUAGUGUACAAGUAGAAAUGAAGACAAUAUAAUAUCAACGGAGUGAAGGAAUCAAAAGCAACAUUUAUUAAUAAUUUUAUUGAUUAAUUUCGUUCAUUUGACUUCUGUUUAGACAGCUAUAAUAAUAAUAAUAAUAAUUAUUAUUAUUAUAAUUAUAAUAAUUAUUAUUAUUAUUAUUCCCUAAUUAUUAGUCAGGGCCUAUUGUUUGAAGUAAUAUUUAAUAUUUUGAUAUUGUGAUAUAUUAUAAUUUAUACCUCAUGUCAUGAAGCAUGUUGUGUUUCAUUCAUUUUGAACCCUUUAAAUGCCACUAGAAAAUAACAUAACUGUGGUGUCUCAGCCAAACACUGAAUCUUAUAAUAAGUGUCUGUGCAAUACUGUAUAAUAAAUACUCCAUAUGA